AUGAAGACAUGUUAUUAUGAGUUGCUAGGUGUUGAUUCACAUGCCUCAGAUUUGGAACUGAAGAAGGCAUAUAGAAAAAAGGCUUUACAAUAUCAUCCAGAUAAAAAUCCUACCAAGGUCGAGGAAGCUACCGAGAUCUUUGCCACUAUAAGAACAGCUUAUGAGGUUCUUUCUGAUCCUCAGGAGAGAGCGUGGUAUGAUUCUCAUAAAGAGCAGAUUUUGAACGAUAUUCCUCUGAAUGAGUAUGAAGAUGAAAAGUAUAAUGUUGACUCUACAGUAACAGGUGUUACCACGGAUGAAUUAUUAAUGUUUUUCAAUGGCUCAUUGUACACAAAAUUAGACAAUUCGCCAGGAGGCCUGUACCAAAUCGCUGGGAAGAUAUUUGCUAAAUUAGCUAGCGAUGAGGUUUUAAAUGGUAGGAAAUUAAAUGUAAAUAGUAAAUUUUGCAAGUAUAAGGAUUACGAUUAUGAAAAUGAGAUAAACACAAUUGGAUAUAUCAAGGCAUUUGAUAAUUUUAUGGUAAAUGAAAGAGAGUCAUUAUUUCCGGGUUUUGGAUAUUCAAGUACAGAUUAUGAAUAUUUGAAAACUUUCUAUAAGAAAUGGUCUGCUUUCAGUACCCUAAAAAGUUUUAGUUGGAAGGAUGAGUACAUGUACUCCAAGACUUCUGAUAGAAGAACAAAAAGAGAAAUUAAUAAGAGAAAUGAAAAAGCAAGACAGGCAGCAAGAAACGAAUAUAAUAAAACAGUUAAAAGAUUUGUGACAUUUAUGAAAAAGAUGGAUAAAAGAAUGAAGGAUGGACUCAAAAAAGCAGAGGAGGAAAGAAAAUUAAAAGAGGAGAAAAAGCAAGAAGAGUUGAGGGCUAAGAGGAGAGGUCAUACUUUGGGAUCUGUGUCUAAUAGUGACGGAUUUCAACCACAAACAUGGCAGGUUGUCGAUGAAACCACUUGGUCUGGAUUAGAAAAAAGAUAUGAGGCAUUAGAUGAAGAUGAUUCUCUAAUUAGUAAACAACCUAAAUACGAUGAAAAUGGAGUCGAAGUGGUAUUAAUCUAUGAAUGUUUUAUUUGUGAUAAAACGUUCAAGUCAGAAAAGCAACUGAAUAAUCACAUGGAGACCAAAAUGCAUAAGAAAAAUAUUCACGAAAUUCAAAAAGAGAUGAAGAACGACCAUAUGGCCUUGGGACUAGAUAAUCUCUCUGAUAUAGAUGAGUUUGAUUCAGCUGAUGAUAAUAUUGACGAGGAAGAUGGUAAAGAAAUUGAAAAGUCGAAUACAGAAUCGACCUAUAAUCUACAUUCUAUCGACGUUGAUAUUGAUAUGGAUAAAGUAAAUGCAGAGUUGGCUGAGAUUGAGAGACAAUUGGCAGAGGCAGGUAUGACUGAUGAAGAAGAGAGUAGCGAUGAAGACUUACAUGCUCGUGAAGUUCCGCUAUAUGAUGUUACUGAGCAUGUCGUAGAACCAGAAAAUAAUGAGGACGAACAGGUGGAAGUUGAAAUAAUAGACGACAGUAAUGAAAGUGAAGAGUCAUUCAUCGACGAGGAUAAAGAUGAACAAAGGCAAGAAGAACUAAAUGAAUUACUGGCAGCUUUACAAGGACAUAUAUCAGACGAUAGUGAUUGGGACAAUAAGAGCAAUAAAAAAAAGCCAAGAAUGCGAAGAUAA